AAUUGACAGACAGAACAAAACGUGGCUGGAGCAAAAACAGACUCUUGAAUACCAACAAACAGAAGCAUGAUUCAAAAACUGUGAGAACAUAUAAGAAAAAAACAGAAACCAAACAACCAAAAAUCAUAACACAACACAUACGACAAAUACAUACAUAAAGCACAAAUAUAACUUUGUUGUGCAGGGAUCCUGUAGAUCUCCUGGAAAGAUGAUUCAGUGAAACAAGCUGAAAGAGGUGUGUCAUCUAAGGCCUCUGUUACUAUAGGGGUAAAGAAAGGAAACUAUUUUAGACACUUUUUACUACGAGACCUGUGAGCACACAAAGGAGUGAAGCAUAUCUGUGAAAGAGGAUUCCUCUGUGUCAUCCCGUCUUUGGACAACAUGAAAUUGAGUAAACUGAGAUCCAAGAGUCAGUUAACGGAGGCAGCUCUGGGAUUUGGCCUGGGAGCUGUGGGAGGGUGCAUACUGGGUGCUACGGAGGACCCGGUGGAUAGGAUCCUGUCUGUGAUGACUGCAAGUGGUCCACUGAAACCAGUGAUAGAGGAAGCUAGGAUAAUGGGUCCCCUGGGACUGGGAACUCUUAUGGGAGCAACAGCACUGACAACAGCGAUGACAUCAGUAAUAGCCGGAGUUAUUUUGGCAGCGGUUGUGGCUUCAGUGUUUGUAGCAAUGAGGAGCUGCAGCACCUCAUAUGCAGACUCUGCUGGUUUGUGGGCAUCAGCAGGGGUUGCUGGUAUUCUUGGCACCACACUCAGUGGAGCUACAUUUGGAAAAGUAAUCGAAUGGAUAGUAAAGACCUACGACAUGGUGGGACUUCUUUGGGCUUUAGUCCUAUUUACUGUACUAAAACCACCACUGAGUGUUUUAUUUCAGCUGGUCUGGAACAAGGGAGAGGUCUGUUGUGCUCUAGGACUAGAAGUCAUGGCCAGGGAUAGGGAAGACAUUGAGAUUACUGAGUGGCAGCAAAGACAAAGGGUGGCUCUGCAGAUAGAGGAGAGGAUCUUCUCAAUGGAAAAUGGAGGCAACACAAUGGACAACAAGAUGAGAUGGUUCACUGAAAAAAAAGAGAGAGAGGAGAUAGAGAGGAGGAAAUUUGAGAACAAAGAAGCUGAAAUUCAACAAAGAACCAUCCAUGAAUGGAUCAGUACUGUGUUGGUCAAACAUGUCGAUUUCUUGGCUUUUUCAGGAAUGCCAAUGGCAGUAGUUUCCAUAGUUACAACAGUGUUGGGAUUGUUCGGUUAUGGGAGCAAUCAAGCAGUGUUUAUAGUGCUUCUAGCUUUAGUUGCCCUCAUUGCCCUUUUUCUUCUGCAGUUCUCUGACUUUAAGUUCUGGAUGUUGUUGGGGUGCAUAGGAAUGUUUGCAACCUUCAUUAUUGCCAUGCUCACCCUGCAUGCAGAGCAGUUGGUUGUUACAACUGCUAUGAAGAUGAGAAGAGCAGGGCACAAUCAGUCCAAAGAACUCAUUGGCGCUCAAAUGAACUUCCAGUCUUCUUUGGAGGCUGUAAGCACUUCCUUUUUUGGGGCAAAACUGUGUCAGCUGGGCCUGGGGGCCACAGUGGGAGGGACAUUAGUUCGCAGAGCAGCUGGGGAGGUAAAGAUUAUUGUAGGGGCAGCUUCAAUGGCAGGAAUUUUACUUGCAGGCAUAGAAGGUUUAGCCACAGUUCUGGGUAAUGGAGGGAUGGCGGGUGCCUUGCUAGGAGUAGUUGGAGCAGCAGGGGUGUCAGUUGGUGCAACAGCAGCAGCAGCUACAAGAUGGUCCUCAUGGUCAGGAACUGUGGGAACAGUGGGAGGGUUGAUUUUAGGAGCACUAGGGAUGGGAAAAUGGCAUACUGUCAAUAUUGGACUGCAGGUUCCUGUGGCCUUUGUGUUUGCGAUGUCUAAUCCUUUUUAACUAGUGUUAAAUGUGUUGUACACAACUAAAUAACUACUGUACUACAAUAGAAACCGUUACCAAUUUCUAAAUUGUAUGCAUUUUCCAUGCUUUAGAGGCUUUUAUUGUAAUAAAGUAUAUUUAAAUACCA